AUGCUGUCUUACUCAACCCCAUCUCCUCUGUACCUGAGCCUCCUUCUCUUUCUGUCCUGCAACUCCCCUGUUUUUUCCUGUCAGAUUGGAAACGAACGCCAAUGUAAAGCUGCUCCUUUUAUACCAGGGUACAACCUGGUGGGGGAGGGAUUUGAUGUGGUCACUCUACGCCGAAAGGGAGCCUAUAUGAUUGAUGUGAAUACCUACCUCACCCCAAGUGAAACAUGUACUCUCUGCUCUAACCCGCUUCAAGGCAACAUGCUGCAAAAACUGCCAGUCUCUGCAGUGGACUGGCGUGCAUUCACCCGAUGCAGUGCCGAUAUUUACAGCAGUGCCCACAGCUCUGUUAGCUCACUGAUUGACACUUACACCUCCCAGGACAGUACUGACUGGAAGGUUGGCCUAAAUUUAGAGAAGUUUGUGGCUGCUGGCCUGGAUGUGGGAGGAACGCAAUCCACUGCCUAUAACUUUGCUUCAGAAAGGACAAAAGAGGACCGCCACACCUUCAGCGCACACAGGGUCACCUGCAACCAUUACAGUUACCGAGUAUCAGACAGACCACCUCUCAGCCCUGACUUCAGCUCGGCUGUAGCUAAGCUACCAAGAUUCUACAACAGCUUCACCAGAGCUCAGUACAGUCAUCUCAUACACACCUAUGGCACACACUACAUCCGCCAGGUUCACCUUGGUGGUCGACUAAGGCGAGUCACAGCUGCACGAACCUGUCUGUCCUCACUGAACGGACUCACCUCAGAUGAGGUCCACUCCUGUUUAUCACUGGGUUUCUCUGUCGGCUUGGGAAAGUUGCAACUAUCUGGUAACAGAGGCUCUUGCAACAAGGUCUUACAAAAAGAGGGUCUCUCUGUUACAUACAGCUCUGGACUCCACCAACACUACACAGACGUAGUAGGAGGCAACGGUUGGUUGGGAGAGUUUGCACUCACGCAUAAUGAUUCCCUUGGUUUUCUAACUUGGCUGAAGACACUGAAGGAUCACCCAGAUGUUGUUUCCUACUCCCUCCGGCCAAUCUACGAGCUGAUGACAAAUUAUACACAAAAGACAGGGAUGAAAGCUGCCAUUGAGCAGUACUUAGAUGACAAUGCUGUGAAAAAAUCGCCCAAUGAGCCAAACUGUGGUUCAAACAUUCCUAAUCUGGCUUCCAACUGCUGUCCUCUGCAAGCCUGGAGGGGGACGCUAGAGGUUACCAUUGUCCGAGCCUGGAAUUUGAAAGGAGAUCCAACUGGCCAGACUGAGGGCUAUGCAAAAAUGUUGUUUGGUGACUCCAUCUCUCGGCAGACUGAUUGGAUUCGGUCAAACAACCCCCAGUGGAACGCUUAUUAUAAUCUGGGCAAGGUGGACACAGCAUAUAGUUUGAAGGUUGAAGUUUGGGACAAGGACCCAACGAAUGAUGACCUUCUGGGAUCAUGUUUCAAGUAUCUUCAGCAGGGGACACACACAUUUAACUGCCCAGCUAAAAAAGGAGGUUUUGAGGUCCGGUACACUCUGACAUGUGACCCUCAUCUGACUGGAGACCGGUGUAACAGUUACAAACCAUCUGCAAAAUAA